ACAGACCGGUUAUGUCAAUGUCAAAAAUGAGGGAGAAAAAAUGUCAAUGUCAAAGUCAAAAGAGAGGUAAACUUUUAGUAGUAAAUAUAUUUUAAUUAUUAAGACAAUAAACAAAAAGCCACUUAUCGAGGAAAUCCUUUCGAAAAAGGCGUAUUUGGUAGCUAUGUUAAUCGAUGGCAGAUAUAAAAUUUACCCUUCAACAAUUAGAGAGAUACAAUGACCGAAUGAAAAACUGCCUCAGUGACCCCCAAUGCCGUCCACUAUUACAAAAGUUCCUUAACCUCCAAAGAAAACCGAUGUUUAUCAGCGCCCUAAAACUAUGGGAGGCAGCUAACGGCACCGGCAACUGGGACGAAGACAGGAUGCUGGAUUUAAUCGAAGAUGUGGAUGAUUUUAAUGAGAAUCCUUUGUUAUCGAUAGCCGAAUGUCAACACAAGCUGGAUUAUACCAAAGAAGAAUGCAGUAGGAUUUUAAAUAAGGUUUUGCCAGAUUUCAUGAAUUAUUUGCAUAGAUACCACAAGCUAGACAUCCUACACAAAAUGUUCAAGUUCAUUGAUCAUAUAAAAGAAGUUGAGACCAAGGAACUUUUAAAACCAGUAACUUUAAAAGAUCUCAAGAAUUUAAUGGAAACAGAUGUCAAUAUAUUUCCCGAAUUCGGAGCGACCGCAAAAGUCUUGACAGAUGAAGAGCGAGAGGAAAAGUUAAAACAAAUGCGAAUAAAUAUACAAGAAAUAACAGCGAAAAAAGAGAAACUCAAAGAUUCUAGUUCUUUAGUUGAUGAGAAUAAAAAGCGUAUGGAAAGUAUUCUGGCGACUAUGCAAAAAAACUUAAGCCAGUUAGACCGAGUGGUGAAUGAGAUCGUCGGAGAGAGUUCGACUCGGGUCGAGCCGAAAUAUAAGGUAGACCCUCAAUUUCCCGUGCUCCUAAAAGAGUGUAAUGACGCGUUGAAAACUGUUGUACAGUAUUCAGAAGACUUACAAACUUUGAGAGAUUUCAAAGUCGAAGAGCUGAAGUUGCCUACUAACGAAUUAAUGCCUUUGAUAGAUGGAUUAGCCGAACAGAUGAUUGGGCUGUUCGGUGAGCCUGAAACUGAAAAGUAAUAUUAAGGAGUUUUUUUUGUAUAUUAUAUGUUUAACAUAUACAGUAUUAUUAUUUUUUGUUUUCUUAAGGUUACUCUCUAUAAUAGUUGGUUAUUGUAAUUUGGUGCAGAAGGCUUGGCAAAAACAUGUGAUAUUCGUGCCUAAGCUAAAAAGAUAAUAAUGUUAGUUAACUUUUGCCACAGGCCUCCUGAAUUAUUAUUUAAUGAAAAUUUUUCUUUUGUUUUGGUUUAAUUGCAUGAGUUUGUUAAGUUGGAUAAUUAUUGAAUAUUAUUUAUUAUUAAUUUUAA